GAAUAUAUUGAUAUACAUCUAAAAAAAGUACUAUACAACAAAUUUCUCAGUACAGCGUAUAACAAACAAUCUAAUAAACUAUUUCAUUCUGCGCCUAAGACCAUCAUUAACGCAGGGUUCUUAGUACAUGGUUCUUCGCAGAAUAUAAGAACCCGACUCUUAACUUUUAACUGAAAAAGUUAAGAGUCGGUUCUUAAAUCUCUUAUUUAAGAGCCGACUCUUAGCAUUUUCAGCUAAAAAUUAAGAGUUGAGUUCUUAUAUUCUGUUAAGAGCCCCGUCCUAAGAACCCCGUUAAUGAUGCUCUAAGUGAGCUAAGUGAUCCUUAAAUAAAUAGAGCUCGUGAAUCACUUGCCUGGUUAUAGUUGACGCAUAAUAGAAAAAGACAAAACUAAAGAAGCGUUCCUAGCAAUUGUUUUAUUUAAAAAAUUAAAAGCCUGCCUGCAAGGUAAGCGGAGUAAACAAAAAUACUAAAAAAGAUAGGUAUCAUCUCAACUCUCGAUGCAUUUGCUUAAUUUUAAAGUUAAUAAUUAAAAACCUAAGCGUAUACAAAGCUGUACGUUUGUGCAUGUAUGUGUACACAUCCGUGUAUAAAUACCGAUCACAUGAACUCUCAUUUUCUUCAUCCAGUAACACUCAAAUCUAAUCAACUCACAUAAACUCAAAAAGGAUGAAACCUAUGUUUUACUUCCUUAUUGCCUUAACCGUUGUUUUGGCCACCACAGCAAAUGCCGGCGAACCAGUUCUCGACAGUGAUGGUGAUAUCAUAACCAACGGCAGUUACUAUGUUCUCCCUGCCAUCGUCGGCGCUAUUGGUGGCGGCCUGAAUCUCUCGGCCGAUCCUUGGCUAAAAUGUCCCUAUUAUAUUGGGCAGGAAGGUUCAAAGGUGAACAGGGGCUUUCCAGUUAAAUUCUCAAACUGGCAGUCCAAAGUUGGGUUCGUUCCUGAAUCAGAGAGGCUCCACAUCGAGAUGGAUAGCAAAGCUACGAUUUGUGUCCAGCCAAGCUAUUGGUGGGCCAUUGGGGACGAUCCUUGGUUACAUUCGCUUUCCAUAAAGGUUGGUCCUAAGCCAGGUGCUGGAAAAGAUUCGAUCAACGCUUUCUUUCAGAUCAAGAAAACUGAAGAUGUUGGCGUUUACAAUAUUGCGAGUUGUCCUGUCGGUAACACUUGCGAGACUGUUGGGUUACUUGUGGGUGGUGGCGUUCGACGUUUGGUUGCAAGGUUUGCAUACGCUAAGCCAUUCCCGGUUCGGUUCGUGAAAGCUACUGGGACUUCGUCCAAGACUGUGUCUAUUAUCUGAGAGAAAUUAAAGACUACAAACUUAAGAGAGUUAUAACUUACGACUAAUAAUAUAACUCUAUCUGUGCUGGCUGUUUUGUUUGUUCAUCGACCAUCUCUCCUUUGUUUCUUUUU